UGAACCCUGAGCAGCCGUUCCAGAUGUUAACACCUCAGCUCUAAGAGGAUUCUUGGAUUAACUCAGCCAAGGUCAAAGGUCACAGUGACAGAAACGGCUCUGAUUGGUGAUUUUUGGUUCGUGAGACUUUUUGGUCCCAUUUAUUUAAAGUUUGUUUUCAUUCUUCUGUGAACGUUUAAAGAAAAGAAAGAAGAAGUUUCUCAGAAUCUCAAGUUUGAAAUGUUCCUUGAGAAUCGAGCCUUUAAUGAAAUGAGAGUUCUCCUCCUGUUUUGAAAUCUAACGCCUGUUAAAGUGGCGGUGGGCGGUGCUAAACCACAUCUGGAUGAAAAACAUCUGGACCCUCUGAGCUCGGGACCGACCGACUCACCGACUCGCGGACUGACCGAGACCCAGCGUCCUUCUCCGGCUCGCUCUGCCCGCUGACGAUGGCUCGGUGCCGGACGUUCUGGACCGGGAUCCUCGUCCUCAUGACCGCCAGUGAGUGCGACCCGAUCUCCGGGCUUUUUCUGUCUCUGCUCCCCGGAGCUGUUCGGAGGGGCCGGGGCCGAGGGGAGGAGGGAUGGAGCGGGGGAGAGAUCCGCUAUUUAGAUCCUUCAUGUCACUACAACAGGCAGUAACUGUACUGCAAUACAAGUAAUACUACUGCGAUACAAGUAAUACUGCUAUGAUACAAGUAACAAUACUGUGAUACAAUAAUUACUAUUUGUUUGUUUGUUUUGUUUGUUUAUUUCUGAGUAGAAACAGAACCAGAACAUUUAAAUGCUGCUCGCCAAAUUAAAUAUUUAACUAUUUAAGCAUCAAUGAUCAGUGUGUGUCGGUUCAGUAGAGUAGGUUCAAUUGUUCAUGUUUACAGUAGUAUUAUGAUUAUUACGAUUAUUAUGAUUGUUAUGAUUAUGAUCAUAAGCGGAUCCAGGAUGAAGAACUCAGGUCAACAGAAUGUGUGAACUCUUCAGAAUGAUGGAGCCCAGUGGACUCAGAUCUUUGUCUGUGUCCAGCUCGGACUCGAUGAACUUCAUGGAGACCAACGUAGUAUUUUAAGGUUCUGAUGAAGUUUCUGUGGAUGAAUAUUAAUCAGCUGCUUUGACCUCCUGUUGUUCAUGAACUGACAGAGAGAGAAAAGAAGAUUAUCUCACAUCCAACAAAGAGCGAGUGCGUCUGAGUCGUCUUUGUAAAUAGCUACACACACACACAAACACACACACACACACACAGACACACACACACAGGCGUCUUGGCGUUGUCUCGAGAUGUUGGAGAGGACAGAGACUGGCACUGAAAGAGUGUGUUGUGUUUAUGUGUGAGACUUUCAUUUGUGCAAGCGACGACAGUGAUGUGACGUGGCCUCACACACACACACACACACAGACACACACACACACACACACACACACACACACACACACACACACACACACACACACAGACCAAACUCUAUUCAUCAACACAGCUGAGGAUGUGGUUCCAUAUAUAAAAGGCAUCAGUUCUUUAUACGACACUUUCUACUCAGGACUGUUUGUCAUUUAUGUCAAUAAGUGAUUUUUAAAUCUCAGCAGCAGCAGAUGGUUCUGGACAUGUUGUGUAGUUAGUGUGUGUGAAGCAGCAGCAGGUUGUCAGGAACAUGUGGGAACAUAGGCGGAGCCUGGGUAGAGGGGCGGAGCCUGUAGAGCAGCAGGAGGCGGGACAUGACGUAUAAACUCUGCUCUGGAAAGAUCAGUGUUGCUGUUUACAACAACACGGCUCCUCUUCUUCAUCCUGAGAUGUUUGUGUUCUUCAGUUUCACGUCACGUGUUAGAAACCUCAUCAACACGUCCACUCGCUCUCUGGGAAGCUUCCACACAUUGUCCUGCUGGUUCCUCACAUGGACUCUGACAUGUUACACACAUGUUACCAGGAGGCUGCAGGAGAAGAUCCAGAACAUGUCCAGAGACACUGACUCUGACAUUUGUUCUCACAUAGAGAACCUGCAGAACAUGUGAGGAACAUGUGAGGAACAUGUGAGGACUAUGACAGAAACAUGUGAGGAACGUGUGAGGAACAUGUCGGGAGAUCUGUAAUCAGUUUCUGAGUAUUAUUGUCUUUAUCAUUUUUCUGUCAACACUGGCGAUGUGGUCGUCGUGUUUUUACGUUACCAAUCAAACAGGUUCAAUUUUCACCUCACCAAAACUAGGCUAGCAGUUUCCACUUGUUUCCAGUCUUUAUGCUAAGCUAACCAUGUUAAUGCUCUGACAGUGGAGACGCAACGUUUACACCCGGUUUACACACAGCAAAAGAAAACUCACACUUCAUACUUGAUGCAAAUAUGUGCUGAUCUUAAAUCAUCUGGUGUGUGUUUGUGUAUGUGUGUGUUUGUGUGUGUGUGUGAGUGUGGUUGCAAUAGGGAGGGCCUCCUCCUCCCAGCAGCUCGUCGUGCUGAGAUUUCCCAUGAGCCUUUGAGGGCGGAGUGUUGGAUACUAACUUGGCUCAGAGAGCAGCUCACUUCUGGCUUCAAUUUAUUCCUGGAGACACACACACACACACACAUGUUUGUACUUCUAUCUUAGUGAGGACACUCGUUGACACAAUACAUUCCCCCGACUCGAACCGAAACCGGAUUCUAACCCGAAAAACAAGACUCAACCCUCAAAUAGGCCAAGUAGUGAGGACCAGACAAAAUGUCCUCACAAUGAUGGUACACACACACACACACACACAAACACACACUCCUCCAGCUCUUUAAUUUUGUCAUCCUCCUUUGUCUCCAGCUCUGUUUAGAAGAAACAUCUGGAUCAACUUCUGCUCUGUGUGUCUGUGUGUGUGUGUGUGUGUGUGUGUGUGUGUGUGUGUGUGUGUGUGUGUGUGUGUGCGUGUGUGUGUGUGUGUGUGAUGUACUCUACAGACAAAAGCACACACCAUAGACACACAGCAUAUAGUAGAUAAACACAAAUAUUAAAAUGCACGACAACAGAAAAACAAAGAGGAGUGUUGAGUUGUGUGUUUUCAGAGGCGUGCUUCAGAGGGACACGCCCAUUUCCUGUCGCUGAGCAGAGGAGUUCCAGCCCGAGAGUCUCACUCAUUAGUUCUCUGCUAAUAUUUGAAUGAAGAGUUGAACCCGAAUCUCUGUGGCCGUUUCCAUGAGAUGUUCAUGUGCAGGACUUUGUGUCUUCUGGAGAAACACGUCGGCCUCCUGACGGCGACAUGAAGACUCUUUAACUCAGACUCUUAGUUUCAGCUGAUUGAUAAACACUGAGGUUUAAACCUCCCUGAUCUAAAUGAUCUCUACUUUCAUCAGGAUUGUCUGAAUCGACUUGUAACUUUACUGAAGGAAAGUUCUGAGCGAUGGCUCCAGGAGGCGCUAUAGAGUCAAUCUGAGUACCUUGAGUAUUAUAGUUACACAAAGUGACAUCCGAUUCACAGCUGCUCUGUACACACGACUCCACAGUACAACACAACAAGUACAUGUCUGUUUCCAUGUGUUGUCACUUGAACCUCCUGCUGCUGUUUUGAUCUUGUCUCAUGUUGUCUCUCCUCAUCUUGUCCUUCUGCCUGAUUGUCUCCGUUCAUACCUCAGGUGUCCCCGCUGGCGUCCAGUCCUUCAGCCACCUGAGCUUCAACCUGUGUAAGUGGUGCGAGGCGUCCAGUCCGCUGUGCAAGGACAGCGUCUGCACCAGUAACUGCAGCCUCUCGUCCUUCUGCACCGCCAUCGAUGAAAUCUGCAUCGCUAUAUGGAGGAAGAGCAACGACACAAUGACCGUGAGCACCAUGUGUCACCAGCCUAGUCUGCCACUAGAGGGCGUGGACCCCGCCCUGCUGCUGAACUUCACCUCCAGAGAAUGUCACAUGGUCCCACAGCCGACUGAGGAUGGAGCCAUGAUGGUCUGUGGCUGCCAGGGGGAACACGAGUGUAACGACAAACUGAUCUUCAACAAGGGAGCCAAUGGUUUCUUUAAGCUGCAGAGUAAAGACGUGAUCCCGGUGGUGGUGGUGAGUCUGGUUCCUCCGGUCCUGGUGGCCAUCGUGGCGACUGCUGCCUUCUACUUCUACCGCACACACCGCCCGGACAAACCCGGCCCUCCUGCACGCCCCGACUGGAGCACCAAGCGCACCCCGGAGUUCUUUCGGGCCGAUGGUGCAGGAGGCCUGACGGGUCCCGGGUGUGAAGGGGAUCACUCCAACGCCAAAGUGGCAUCGUUUGACAGUGACAUCAUCAGCGCCCUCGCAGAUCGGCACGGCCGGCUGUCGGAGCCGCUGCCGAUCCAACUGGAGGUCCUGGUGGGGAAGGGCCGCUUCGCAGAGGUGUGGAGGGCCCGCCUGCUGCAGGGGGUGAGGGGGGGGGUCAACAGCUAUGAGACCGUGGCAGUGAAGGUGUUCCCAGCCAUAGAGUACGCCUCAUGGAGAAACGAGUGCUUCAUCUUCACAGACCCCAAACUGGAGCAUGGCAACGUGGUUCGAUUCCUGGCAGCUGAAGAGAGGGGUCCGCCCGGUCCCACGCUCAGGAAGUACUGGCUGGUUUUGGCCUAUCACAGCCUCGGGAACCUCCAGGACUUCAUCACAGAUAACAUCCUGAGCUGGGAGGAGCUUGUAGCCAUGGCCGUGAGCGUUGCUACAGGGUUAGCUCAUCUCCACAGUGACACCACACCCAGCGGGAUUCCAAAGGUGCCGGUCGCCCACCGGGACCUGAAGAGCAGCAACAUCGUGAUGAAGAGCAGGACGGAGUGCGCCCUGUGUGACUUCGGUCUGGCCUUACGAUUGGACCUCGCUCUCACUGUAGACGACUACGCCAACAGUGGACAGGUGGGGACAGCUCGUUACAUGGCUCCUGAGGUGCUGGAGUCCAGGGUGAACCUGGAGGACCUGGAGGCCUUCAAACAGAUGGAUGUUUACUCCAUGGCGCUGGUCCUCUGGGAGAUGGCCUCCCGCUGCCACGCCAUCGGAGAGGUGGAGAGCUACGAGCCGGCGUUUGGCUCCAGGGUUUGUGAGCAGCCGUGUGUGGACAGCAUGAGGGACCUGGUGCUGAGGGACCGAGGACGACCCGACAUCCCGGCGGCCUGGACGCAGCACCAGGGGAUGAACGUCUUCUGCUCCACCAUCACCGAGUGCUGGGAUCACGACCCGGAGGCCCGACUGACGGCCGACUGUGUGGUGGAGCGCUUCAACGCCCUGCAGGAGGACGAGGAACUGACACCAGAAGCAGACAGAGACAAGGACGGAGAAAGACAAAAGAACUCAGAGACGCCAGAAGACGAUCAGAUCCAGUCCUCGUCCACGUCCUCCCUGCAGGUCCCUCAGCCACAGAGCGACGCCACAGAGGCGUCUGUGCUGUGAGUGCUGAUGGAACCGGCCUCGUGUUGAAUCUGCUGGCAGAGACACUCACACUCUUCUGUUGUAUGAAAGUGUGUCGUUUUAUCGGAGCUGGUCUCCGUGUGUGUGACGGUAUAAUUCUGUGACUGUGAUCCUCAUCAUGACAGACGUGCCCCCCCCCGCCCUGUGGAGGACUCCUGGGUCGGGUGAACAACCGGCUCCACAGUCCAAUGCUUUGUUUCUGUGAUAUAAAAAUGGAAAAGCAAUGUCCUUCUGAUCUCAAGGCUCUUUACAUAAUUAGGUCAACAGCUUAAAUAUAAUAGAGAAACCAACAGUUCCCACAAUGAGCAGCUCUGACGACUGAGACACACAAAACUCUGUUGGAUGGAAAACACAGAUUCUUAAUGUUUGUUUGUAAUAAAUAUAAAUUUACAACGUUAAGUUACAUGUUCAGUCCAAAGGAUUCAGUGACAAGUCCACUUGUGUCGGUUCAAACAUGAUAUCGUCGGAGGUGAAGACUGCAGCUGCUUUCUCUUCUUCUUCUUCUUCUACUGUUUAAUUCUGUCUCUACUUCCUGUGAUUUGUCCAAAAGUCCAAACAAUCCAACAAAGUGUUUUCACAGCAAACCAACAGUUCAGAUUGUUUGAAUUAAAACAUCGGAAGAAAACAUGAAUAAAUACUUUAUAUUUCUUGUAA